GACAUGACCGGAAUAAGCGUCUCUGACGGCGAAAUCCUUGGGGGACCGACCAGUUCCGUCAGCCUCUCUUUGGAAGCCGGGGAAGUGGCAAAGCCCGACUGCAUGUGCCUCUUGACCGCUGCCAAGAGCGGCACAUUGCAGAAAGGAGCCAUAAAGAUGCAAAAAAGUGGCCUGUGCCGCUACCACGAGAGCCUGAUGCAACGAUCUGAAGGAGAAGUGGAGUGCAGCGAGACUAGCGAAGGCCUCCUGCUGCUGGAGGGCCACAGCGUCGGGGAAGACAAGACCAUCCAGGAUUCCCCAGAGCAGAGCCUUAUGGACGACGAGGCUGCGAGUGAAGCUGCAGGGAGCGUGCAGGUGUCGGUCGUGCGCGACGAGAGCUAUUCGAGCGGCGACGCCCAAGGCCUCCCAAGACAGCAUCUGGAAGUUCUUCAGAGGGAGAACGCACAACUUCUCAAUCGCCUGAGAAACCUCGGGUCCAUGAACUUCCUUAGGAGAAGUUUCCAGUCGUCGUCCUCGUCAUCUUCUAAAUGAUUUUUUUCAAGAUUAGGACAAAAAUUGUAUUUUAGAAUAUAUAUUAUAUUUAGCAUGUAAGUUUUAUCAGGCUCAGGUGACUUCCGAAAUUUGGUGUUUAGUGCUAAAGACUUUAAGAAAGUAAUAACUACGUUUUUUAUGGGCUUUUCCUUUACACACCAGGUUUUUGUGUUGUAUUUCCUCAUAUUUAAGCAAAUUCACAGUAAUAUAUAUAUCUUUUACCAAUUUUAACGUUUUAAAAGAUUAUUGCAUACAAACUUUUAGACAAUUUUAAAACAAAAUUAUUAUGAUGCAUUGGAUGUGUUGGUAGAAUGUAUAUAUCUAAUGUGACUGAUGAUAAUAGUGAAUUUAUAACUGUUUCCAAGACCCGUGAUCGAGCUUAGUAUAGUGAAUUCAUAUAUAAGUACGAAACAAUGACAAAUUAGUAUUAAGAAACUAUUAGCUGUAGCAUAUUUUAUAUCUUGGUUAGUUUUACGGUAAACAGUAUUUUGAUAGUGUUUUUAAUUUUUACUGUAUAUUUUAAGUAAACCUGUUUUAAUUUUUGUAAUAUUUGU